AUGCCUUCCCACAGAGACCGCGACCGCGAACGUGACCGUUCAAGAUCGCCAGACAGGGAAGACGAGUUGCCAGAAGGCGUUUCGCCCAUAUCCGAGUCUGACUAUUUUCUGAAAAACUCGGAAUUCAGCAUAUGGCUGAGGGACGAGAAGGGAAAGUACUUUGAUGAACUCUCGGGGGAGAGGGCGAGGAGUUAUUUUAGAAAGUUCGUCAAGACGGGGUAUAAAUGGUCUUUCGCAUCCAAAAGUUCAGGAACGGACGCGGAAGCUCUGCGAUCCGCCAGAGAAGAUGUUGAUUCUGCCACUUAUGGUCCUGGUCGUAAGUCUCGUGGGGACACCAGAGCGACCGGCGGCAGAACGCUUGGCCCUACACUUCCUUCAGCGUCUGAUUUGGUGCUCGCACGGGAAGCCGCGUCCGAGUACCAAGCAACAGAACGUGACCUGAAGCGGAAGCGGGAUCGUGCAGAAGCCAAAGACCGUCUAGAAGAUAUCGUAGGGCCGAAGGAAGUCGGGAGAGAGGCAAUGUUGGAAAAGAAGCGCGCACGCAGAGAAAAUGAUAAAGCGUUUGGAGAAAAAGGCGAUGAGGGCCUCGAAGCAGACGAAUCGACUUUAUUGGGUGGAGGGGACAGCUUCAAAGAUCACAUUGCACGACGCGAGGCAGCCCGACGACGAUGGGAGGAGAAACGUGCCGCUGGGCGCGAAGAUAAGGAGGCGGCGACAAGGGAACGUGCGGUUGCUAUGCGGGAGAAGGAGAGGGCGACGAUGGAUAUGUUCCAGAAGCUUGCCAAAGAGCGGUUCGGAUAGAAGUUGUGUGGUCGCACACACAUCCGUACUGUAACUAUGCCCCGACCCAAUUACCUUGUUCUUGCUCAUAUGAGACUACCGACGUUCCGGGUACUUACGCCGUCCUAUGUUAAGUUGCUAGAAACUGAUAAGCACCAAUUUGCUCCC